AUGAUCCCAUCAGUCAAGGAAAAUGCCCCUGGUGGGUUUAAUCCUGUGCACUUUACUGUGUUAUGCCUCAUCCUCCUCACCCUCCGGUUUCUCUAUGUAGGUCUCACGUGCCCUACAAGACAUCUUCCGGGACCUUGGUACACUCGCUUCACACAUCUCCGACUGAAGCGAGCAGUUGUCACAGGCCAGAGGAUAUUCUACAUCGACUCACUUCACAAGGAGUAUGGCCCGGUCGUUCGACUGUCACCUAAUGAGGUCGGUGUGGCAGACCUCGAUGCCUUCAAGGAGAUCCACAAGAUCGGCACGAAGUACAUGAAGAGUGAAUGGUACUUGCGAUUAGCCAACUUCCCCAAGGCAGGCGUCUUCACCAUGCUUGACCCUCGCGAGCAUGGACCCAGAAGAAAGCUCUUGUCCCGCUCGUUCAGUAGGACCUACCUUGUCGAGAACUGGGAGUCGACUGUCAGAGAGAAGGCACUUCUUGCUGUCAACAAGAUCAAGGCAGAUGCUGUGAAGGGCACCGCGGAUGUGUACAACUGGUGGAUGCUGCUUGCCUCCGACGUCAGCGCACACCUAGCCUUCGGAGAGUCAUUUGGUAUGCUGGAGACAGGACAUCAAAACCAGUUCCUUCGCGUGCUCAAGAAGCUCACUAUGGGUGCUGGUAUCAUGGUCGAGAUGCCCUUCUUGCGCUUGUUGAGGUUCGUUCCCAUCCCUGCUGUGCAGGAGAUGUUCAACGCGAACGAGUACAUCCUCCAAGGCGCUGGCCGUGCAGCAGAGAUGGCGCGAUCCCGUCAGGGUGAGGCCAACAUCUUCGCCAAGGUCAUCGAGGACUGCGAGAAGGAGGGUGAGGGUCACAUCGACGACAUGGAUGUCAAGAUUGAGGCUAUGAAUGUCAUCAUUGCCGGCACUGAUACCACUGGCGUCACUUUAACUUACCUCACAUGGGCUGUCCUCCAGCGCCCUGACCUACAAGCUGCUCUCGAAGCAGAGGUUGCCUCACUUGCAGAAGACUUCACUGAGAACAGCUUGAUCAGCCUUCCUUUGCUUAACGCUGUCAUCGAAGAGACCCUCCGACUGUAUGGUGCCGCACCUAGCAGUUUGCCCCGUGUCGUCCCUCAGGGUGGAACUAAGUUCUCCGGACUUUACAUCCCACAAGGCGUGACUGUCGACACACAAGCCUACACCUUCCACCGCGACCCCAACAUCUGGAGUGAUCCUCUGACCUUCAAUCCCUACCGCUGGAUCGCCUCGAAAGAAGGCUACCCCGCCGAAGCACUAUCGCCUGCCGCAAAAACAGCCUUUCACCCCUUCGGUGCCGGUGCGAGAUCAUGCAUUGGUAUUCACCUUGCACGUAUGGAGUUGAGGUAUGCAGUAGCGUUCAUGUUCAGGGAGAUGAAGGGCGUCAAGCUUGCGGCGAGCACGACACCUGAGAGCAUGGAGUUUGAGAACUUCUUCUUGAUUGCACCCAAGGCGCAUCGAUGCGAGAUUACGUUCAACUAG